CUGUGGUCACACUGCUCGUUGGUGCCGGACAUUUGUUGUCGCGUUGCUCGUCGCGUUUUUUUGCUUUUGAAGUAAAGUUCGCCUGAUAAAAUGUUGUAAUAUUGCUCUUAUUACACGACCAGUGUUUCCUUCGACAUAGCGAAAGCCGUUUCCGUGAGCGUUAUGUGCCUUAGGUCCCCUGUCGUUACGUGGCAAUGCCCCAUACACAUGUGCAUAUAUUUUUAAGGCCCACUGUAAACUGCACACUGUACACUGCACACUGCAAUAUGCAAAUGAAAACGAAAGGCAAAGCUGAGAAGCAGAAUAAUAAUUGAAACGGGGCCUACCAUUGUCUGAGACGUUGUUGAGACAUUUGAAGAUGCUGCAACUGCUGCUGCCGGCGUAGAGACGUACCCAAAGUGACUGUAAAAUGUCGGAGAAGGUGAGCACUUCGCUGGCCUCACAAUUGCAUUCGCAUGCAUUGGCCACAGCCGAUGGCAGUGGCACUGUCGCUGGCUGUCAUACGGCCAACACUGCAAAGGAUGUCCACCAUCCAGCGCUGCAGUUCGAAAUGGAUGCCCCAGCGGCGGCAAUUAGCGCACAAUUAAAUUUCAAGAUAAUGCCAGCGGAUAGUCUGCCCGGUUUGAGCUACCAGGAGAUGUUUGCUUCCAUUUCCAUGAACACAUCACAAAUCUCCAAUGCCUCAACAGAGGCAUCCUCCAGCUGCAGUCCACCGCUGGGAAUGGGACUGGGCUUGGGCUUGGGCUUGGGGUUGGGCGUGCCAAUGGGGCCACCGCCACCAAAGCCCAGUCGUCAGCAUAUGGCAGUGCAGCCAUUGACCACAUCGAAAUCCUGUCGCUUUCCCAAGCUGGAGGAGUGCGCACAUUUCCACUACGAGCGCGUGCAGCUGGGACCGCUGUCGGUGCAGCUGUUGGAUGACAAAUCGGAGCACAUGGGCAGCAGCAUAGCCUCCCAAUCGAUUGGCGGCGAUCUGCCGCACAGCUCGCUGCGCAGCUUCUCGCCGGAGAGCUGUUGGUUCAUCAUACGCGUCUGUCCGCAGCGCUGUGAGCCCUUCCUGAUCAAGCGAUCCUUCGAGAAUAUGCAGCUGCUGGACGAGAUGCUGCACCGCUGUGUCUACGAUCGCAAGAUCAGUGGCCUGCGCAACAUGGCCGAGCUGGCCGAGGAGCUGCCCAGCGAAACGGACGUGGAGUAUGCGGUGGGCAAGUACCUGGAGCGCUUCUCGAAGAUUGCCUCCGAUUCGCUGACCUGCGGCACCAUACUCACCUGGCUGCAGCUGGACAACAAGGGGCGACGCCUGCCCCUGGCCGAUGGCGAGACGCAGCGCACAAUCAACACACCGGCGGUGGGUGCGGCGUAUGGCGUGCGGCGCUAUCAGGCCCAGGCACCCGACGAAAUCAAUAUCGAGGUGGGCGAUAUGAUAUCGGUGAUCGAUAUGCCCAGUCCCGCCGAAUCCAUUUGGUGGCGUGGCAAGAAGUCCCAUCUGCAGAAGUCCCUCUACGAGGUGGGCUUCUUUCCGCAGUCGUGUGUGGCCACCAUUGGCGACAAGGUGCCACGGAAUUUCCCCAUGCCAGCGCCACUGGUGGGCCAUCUGGAUGCCUCGCCCACAAAGCCCGUGCUGCGCAAGCACGGCAAACUGAUAGCCUUCUUUCGAUCCUUUAUACUGUCGCGUCCAUCGCGGCGUCGCCUCAAACAGAGCGGCAUUUAUCGCGAGCGCGUCUUCAAUUGCGAUCUGUCCGAACAUUUGCUGAACAGCGGCCAGGACAUACCCAUGGUGCUGCGCUCGUGUGCCGAAUUUAUCGAGAAUUAUGGCGUCAUCGAUGGCAUCUAUCGACUGUCGGGCAUCACCUCGAACAUUCAGCGCUUGCGACGCGCCUUCGACGAGGAACGCGUGCCGGAUCUGGGCAACCCAGAGAUGAAGCAGGACAUUCACGCUGUCAGCUCGCUGCUGAAAAUGUACUUCCGUGAGCUGCCCAAUCCGUUGUGCACCUACCAGCUGUACGAUAACUUUGUGGAGGCCAUUCAGGUGAAGGCCGACGAGGCGGAUGAGCGGCUAAGGCUGAUGAAGGAGACGGUACUGAAGCUGCCGCCGCCACACUACAGAACCCUCAAAUAUUUGGCUGAGCAUCUGUACAAGGUGUCGCAGCAUCACGAACGCACUGGCAUGACGGACAAGAAUUUGGCCAUUGUCUGGGCGCCCAAUCUGUUGCGUUCGCCCGCCCUCGAGUCUGGCGGUGUGGCCGCGCUGCGUGGCGUUGGUGUGCAGGCGGUGGUCACCGAGUACCUGAUACGGAACUGCCAUAACAUAUUCGAUGCCCUGGACGAUGCACAGCGGCAGAGUGUGCUGCCCGUGGCAGCAGCCAUGGCCGUCAAUGCUGGCGGUGGUGAGCUGCGUCUGGAGUCGCUCACCGACUGCGAGAGUCUGCUGGUGGAGCAACGCGAGCAGGAUCAAUCGUUGGGCAUGGUUGAGCGGCCCAAGAGCCUGAGCACGGGCGGAGCAAAGCUCAUCAGCCUGGAGGAGGCCCAAGAGCGCCAUUCGCGCAUCGAGGGGGGUGACCUGAAGCAUUCGCUGCCGAUUAGCAUGCUGGCAAGUGGCAGCGUCAGCAGCAGCAGCUGCACCAACAGCAACACAGCCGCCAACGCGGGAAAUGCGGCCACCAACAUUGGAUCGUAUAUAGAGGUGGGCGGCGGGCCCUCCAGCCUGCCGGACAAAUACCACACAGUGCUGUCGGCGCCACGCAGCUGGCAGAAGCGCAAACCGGACAAGACGCCCUCCUGGAAGUCGAUAUUCACGCGCAGUCAGCGUCAGGGCGGCAAUGUCGAUCCCAGCCACAAGAUCAUCCACGAAACGGGCGGCGGUAAAUUGGAUCCAGUGUCCGCACGCGUCAGCUUUGUGCAGGCCUCCCAUGCGCAUGCCAGCAAGGAGCUGUCGAAGCACGACAAACCCAAGUCCAUAGAGCUGCUGGAGACGACACACGAGCGAGAGCCCAAGCCCAUGGAGCUGUGCAUACGCUCCAAUUCCAUUGACAGCCUGCGGACGGUGGGCCAUUCGCGCAGCGUCUCCCAUGACUCGUACUUUGAUCUGCUGCAGUCGCCGCAGCGCGGCCACACGACCACCUGCCCAUCGCGGGAGCUCUCCGAGCUGGGACUGAAUUUCGAUCGCGAGGAGCCCGAGAUGCGCAUCUUCUCGGAGAGCGAAUCGCUGGUUAGUUCGCCGCGUGUCGGCAAGGAGAAUGUGCCGCCCGCCUCGGGCUGUGCCACGCGCCGGAUCAUGCGUGCCCGCCCCGAGGAGUUCUCCAGUCAGACGAACAGCGUUAAUCCCAGUCCCAAGAAGCAGCCGCGUCUCAAUCUAUUGUCACCCUCGUCGGCCAGGACUCUGCCGCUGCCGCUGCCAUUGCCAGCCAGCGCUGUGGCAGCGGCACAGCCCGGACCGCAGCACCAUUGUGGCCACGAGCCAGCGGGCGCGGAGAACUGCUGCAAGCGCUACAAGCUGGAGGAUCAGCUGUGCGACAUACAGUUCAUUGACUGCGGCACGCCCGAGCAUGCGCCGACGGUGCAGCAGCAGUUUGCCAGCGUGGAAGUGCACCCGCCACCAAAGCCAGCCAGAGCGCAUGUGCCAGCAGCCACAUCGCCUGCCUCGGCGCGGUAUAGCUAUCCGUCGGUGCAGUUGGGCGCCAAGCGCAAGGAGCAGCAGGCGGCCAAGGAGAGAUUCAGCUACCAGGGCACGUUCAUGCAACAAGGAGGGGCAAGCAAGCAACCAGAGCAGCAGCAGCAGCACCAGCAGCAGCCGCCACGUGUUGCAGUGCACAAUCCCUGUGUAAUCUCUUUCAGCAAUAACACGGUGCCCAUGCGCAGCAAGCCGCGUGUGGAACUGCCGCCGCCAGAUGUCAGCGAUUCGCAGGGCAAGCUGUCGGUGGCCACGCCCACAACGCCACAGCGGAGUCCGCGCUACAGCCUGCUGUUGUGCGACACAGAGGAGAGCUCCGAGAACAGUUCGGCUGUGACCACACCCCAAUACGAUAUGGAGCCACUGAUGCGGACCUCGGCCAUGUCGUGCAUCUCGGGGGUAUCCUCCAAUAUGCAACAGCAGCUGCUGAUGGGCGGCGGCAGCUCUCACGAGAGCCUGGGACAGCAGUUUAACCAACUCCAGGAGCUGGAACAGCGUGAUAUGAAUGCCCUGAAGCGAGAGCUAUCUUUGGAUUUGCAGCCGCUGCAGCCACGUCUGUCGCAGCCCACAAAUCGUGCGGCCACAUUGCCCGUGAAGGAACAACUGCAGGCAGCAGCAGCCGCCGCCGCCGCCGCCGCUGCGUCGCCCAACAAUUCAAAUUUCACGGACAACACUAGUCAGUCGGUAACGCCCAGCGAAUACGGCUAUCAGCAUUUGCAGCGGCAUCUGAGCAUGCACUCGCUGCUGGCCACCGAGGAGAGCUCCCCGGUGUACGAGGACUUUGAGCAGACGCCCAGCAAUGGGCUGCACAAACUGUUGGCGGCAGCAGCCACCAGUCCCAUUAAGUCAACCAUAAGCAUCACAUACAAGUCGCCCGAGAAGGAGAAGGAGAAGCCACAGCCACAGCCCCAGCCCCAACAGAAGCUGCUGCUGGAAACGAACUUUGAUGAGAAUAUUGUGUACGAACAGGUGAAGCUCUUUCGCAAUUCGGUAACUGAAGUCAAUCAGAUGAUGCUGCUGCGAGGAGACCAAGAGACGCGGCCAACACCACCAGCACCAGCACCAGCUCCCUGCCUGAAGCAGAUCGAGGAGGAGGAGCCGGAUGUGUGCGCCAGCAAGGCGGCAGAGAUGACGGAGCAGCUGCUGCAAUUGGAACAGGAACAGCAGCAGCAGCAGCAGCGGGAGCAUGAGCAGCUCUUGGAGGAUGAGCACGAAUCCCAGUUGCUCUACGAAAACAUUGAGCUACGAAAACCGAAAACAGUCUACGAGAAUCUACGUGGCGAGGAGAUGAAACUCAAUCUGGAGCCAGAGCCAGAGCCAGAGCCAAAACAUCCCAACAUGAACAGUGAUCGAAUCGAAUUGGAUAGCCUGGACAGUUUGCCCGACACCGACACCGACACCAUGGAGCAGGAGCAGGAGCACACGGCACUCCAGCUGGCACCAGCAGCCAUGCCAGUCAGCAAAUCGCCAUCGUUCAGUGUCAAGGAGUUGGCCAAUAAAUUUGAGAGUUCGCCCGUCGAACAGCUGCCCAGCUUUGAUUUUUCAGUGCGCGGUGGCUCCAUGAAGAAGCCAAACGAAUUGAGUGUGCCGCUGUCCAUGCCCAAGGCAAUGCCCGCGCCUGUGCCCCUGAAGAAACUGAACAAUGCACAGAAGAUAACACGUUCGCUGGACGAGAAUGCGUUUGUGCGUGAGUUUGGGGGCAAACAGUUGCAGGAUUUGUCGCUGAACAAGUUGCCCGAGCUGCCAGAGAUGAACAAUCGCCGCAAGAGCUUUGAUUUUACGCGUCCCAAGACAUUGAAUCCACCCAAACGGCUGCCGGGUAUGAGCAUCACCGAGGAGAUCUGUCAGAAGCGUGGCGGUGGAGGUGGAGGUGGAGGUGGCGGUGGCGUUGAACCUGAAGCAAUUGCCAUCACUCCCACCACAGAGAAUCGCAUUUCACUUAUCCAAAAUAAUGUACCCAAAGAGCAGGCUACACCGUUUGUUCUGCCACCUGUCGGACGCAAGAGUGUGGUCACGGGCGUGAUACUCGAUCGCGAACGCAUCGAGAAGAUCAAGGAGGAGCGACGCCAGCAGCUGACACAGAAAUACCAUGGCGACACAUUAAAGUCGCGCUCCAAAACGGAACUCAACUGCACGGAUGACAGCAAUUUCCACGCCACAGAAUCGUUGCGCAUCAAGUCCAAGUCUCGCGGCGAUAUGCACACACUGCAAAAGGAUAUGGACAUGAAUCUGAAGCAGCUGGCCCGUGUACCAGGCGGUGGCUCGGAGAGCACACUACACACAGUGCCCGGCGAUUAUGUGGGAUCGCAGCCAAAUGAACAGCAGCAUGGACAGCAGCGUGUGCGUAGCAUUUCCGAUGAGAAGAAUCAAAAUUGUGAUACCAAUAAUGGAGCUGGAGCUGGAGCUGGAGCUGGAGCGGCAACGCUGCUGAGCGUAAAGACAGCUGCCCAGAAAUAUGGCAACCAAAAGGCAACGCCAUCAUCAGCAGCAUCGAUAUCAUCAUCAACGUCGUCGUCGUUGUCGUUGUCGUCUGGUGUGGUGCGUGGCCCACCGCCGCAGCCGCUGCCACGUGAGCGCAUGCCACAAAGGAAUUCGUUGGCCGCCGAGAGCAAUGCAAGCGCCAACAGCAGAGAAAAGAUCUCACCACAAUUCUCAAUACGCGAUGUGACAGCGAUGUUCGAAUCUCGUUCACAAAACCAAUAGAACUUAAGGCAACAAUAACAACAACAACAACAACAAAAUUACCAACUAAAUAACAUCGAAAUAAGGAGACAGCCAGACAGCUAUAACCCCCUUCUACUAUAUCUAUAUAUAUAUAUAUAUAUACGGUAUAAUCACAUAUAAUAAUGGAUCCGGCAGCGAUUUAUAUACAUGCUAUAUAUAUUUUAUUUAGUUUUUUAAAACUUUAACUUUUAAGCUUUUGGAAAUUCUCUCUCUCUCUCUCUGUAAUAACUGGCGCAAGCGGCAAACCCAAAGACACUUUCAGAUACAUACUAUAUAUAUAGAUAUAAAUGCCGCCUGGGGAUCGAUCUGGAGAUCUGUUUGAAAAUAAUAAUAUAUAUAAAGAAUAAUAAUGACAACGCCUUGCGCCCUCAAUACGUAUGCAAAAUUCAAUUUUGUUUUGGAUAAAAAAAGAGCACGAAGAACGGAAGAAAGAGAGAGAGAGAAAUGUGAACUAAAAGACCAUCCCAUAGAUCCCUCCCCCCAAAAAAAAAAAAUGAAUGCAAAUUGUUAAUGCAUUUUAUUCUCGGCCCCUGUCCCUGCCCCGGCCCGUCCCAUCUUUUUCGUAGGUGUUACGUUUCAUUAAAAAGUUAAUUAAAUUUCGGUUUUUUAUUUGUA